AUGGACCUCAAGGAGAAGGAAGUGAACGGCGAGUGGCUCACCGAAGAGCGGAUGGUCAAGCGAUGGAAGUAUAACCAAAGUAUUCCCGAAUUUUUCGUGGAGGUGUCCACGAAGGAGAGCAUAAAACAGUCGGAACUCGUGCGCCAGAGGGAGGAAACAGACAUGGGGGUGGCAGAGAGCGCGACGGCGCCGGAAGGCCCACGGCUUCUGGAGCUGACGGACGAAAGCAACCAAACCCCAAAGCCGGAACAAGUGGGCCAGAAGGCCAGGUAA